CAUGAGACUUUAAACACCAAUUUAUAGUCCCGGUGUUGGUAACACAUCUGUUUCAAGGGAUUGCAAUAACACCAAGGUGGAGGUUUCACCAAGGAAACAUGCCCCCUGGGGACGCUUCUCUAGAUAAUGGAAAAGAGAUUAAUUAAUAUAAACUAUUCUUAUAUAAAGACAAACAAAUUCCAGUUAAUUUCCUUUGUCAGAGUUGGCCAGAGCAGUUUCGAUGACCGCUUGAGUUGUGAUUCGCUCAAAGCCCAGUCUUCCAUCAAUUGUGUGAAUAUCCUUUAGCUCAGAAAAUAUACGUCAUUAUAAGAAUACUUAAAAAUAGUUUUGAAUAAAGUAAAACAUUAGCGAGUAUUGAAAUAUCUUUAAAAUGAUAACAUAAUCUAAGGGUAAUCUAAGGGUUUAUUAAAACCUUUGAAUUUCAAACUAGAAAAAAUUAAAAAAAUAACGUAGAAAACCCCCAAAUUAACAGUUUUAUACUGUUAUCUUUUAUAAAUGUUAAAAUUCUGUUAAAUAUAAAAGUGAUUGAAAAUUGUUAUAAACUGUCGUAGAUUUCUUACCUUAACAGUGUUAUACCAAUACAUUUAACUACAAAACUACAAAAUUCUAUUUGUUAUGUUACAAUCAAAACUCUUAAAAAGGACACUGUUAGUAAAAUAAACUCUUAAAUGAGUACAUUCUUAUUUGUAAUAAAUUGCAGGCUCUCACUCUCUUCGCCUCUCAUUAUGUACCAAUUUAUGAUGGGAGCACUUUUUUAUCUCUGUAGAUAUAUCUCAUGUGAUUUUUACUUUUAUGUUACAACUGAGAGUUUAUUAAAAUACCCGAAAACAAUUUAUUGUAACAACUAAAAUGUUUUUAUGUUUUUGAUGUUUUUGGUUAGGGAGAAGUUGCUGUUUCUGCUGCUAUUGGAUGGAUGGAGGAAGCAUUAAAUCUGUAAAAUUCUCGUUUUAAUCUUAAAUAACAAAAGAAUGAAAACAAUAACAACUAGAACAUAAAAGAGAUAUUAGAGCAUCCAGAACCAGCAAACGACCGACAACAUCAACAUUAAAAAUCUGUUUAAACGAACUGGAUUUUUCUUACAACUAAAGGCUCUGCUAUUUUCUAAAUGUUAAAGGGAAAACAAAAAUUACACCGCACGAGUAAAGAUAAAGUGCUCAAUAACAACAACAAGGGCAAUAACGACAGAAAUAGCAAACAACAAUCAGUAACAUUAGCAAAGCAAAAAAAAAAUAAAACGAAAAUGAGCAAAAUUGUAAACAGGAGCAGCUGAUGUGUGUUUGUGUGUGGUGGCAGCAACAGCAGUGUACCAACCAGCCAGCCAGCAAAACAGAAAUUCAUGUAUUACAAAAUGUAUGCGUCUGUGUGUUAAGGAAAAAUGGCAAAAGAAUUCCAGCACAUCACCGUGUCGCAUGUCGGGACAGAGUCAAAUGCCGUCAGUCCUUAAAUUACUUCAGUACGAAGUGAAGCUGUCAACGGGAUCGUGUAUGAACAUGUUUAAUACAAUGAUGAUACUAAAUUAAAUUCUAUCAAAUUUACGUACGUAUGUACAAAUAAACUAUCAAACACUCGCAUACUCAGUGAAGUCAGUCAUUUAGACAGUCAGUCAGUCAGACAGAUAUUCACUCAGUAACUUACUCACAAUAAUACACGCAUGCAACUGAAUUGAAUUGAACAAAUGUACAACUGAAAAUACGUAAAUUCGUGCGUUUUCGUCUGCUCGCUUAUUGUUCGCUCGUUGUUUCGUUUUAUUUAUACGUUUGUUAUUUCAGUUGACCAAGUUAAAGAAGAAAGAAAUUGAAAAUAAAGUAAAUAAAAAAAACGAAAAUAAAAAAGAAAUUAUGAUGUUACGGAUGGAUGGAUGACAGUUAUAAUAUUUGUUUCAUUUGAAUGCAUUUUAUGGUGUCUGUGUAUGUGUGUGUGUGUGCUUUUACGAGUUUAAAAAUUCUUUAAAUUCAUAUAAAUAUGCAUAUGAGUCUGUGUGUAUUUGUUUCUGAUUUAAUAUCCGGUUCAAUAUUUUCCUUUUUUUUUUGUAUAGUCCCUUUACAUACCAUGCUACAGUUUUACUUACCACAGUGCAAAAUCAAUUUAUAACAAAAUUUCAUUUUUGUGUUCUCUAAAAAUUCCGCAAAUUCAAUGGAAAUCUUUACUUGUUUAAUAGAGCCUCGCUGUUUAUUUGUAUUUAUAUGACUUUAAAUUAAAUUUUAAUUCAAUUAUUAAACAUAAAAGUUAAUAUCUUUAAAUAAAUUCGAUAAAUCUCUAUUGAAUUACAAAAUGUGCAUUAAUAAUGAAGAAAGUGAAUUUCUCCUAAAUAAUUAAAAUAAUAAUUAAACAAAAACAAAAGCCUACAAACUCAAUUUACAAAACUAUUGAUGUAAAUGAAAACUAAUCACAAUUUAAUCAAAUUGUCAAAUAUUUGACAUGUAAAAACUUUAUUGCUAUUCAUAAAGCCAAACACCAACCAAAAUAACAAUGUUGUUUUUGUAACACAUUUCAUAAAAUAAACCAGCGGAAAUAAAAAUGAAAAGUGUCAGUGAAAAAAACGAGGCAAAAAAUAAACCAACACAAAUAUUAUGAAAUAAAAUUUCAACUGUAACAGCAAAAAUAUGAUUGUAUACUGAAACAUUUAUCAUCAGAUACGCAUAUACAUGAAUCUGCAAUGUUCCAAGGUUCUUGCAUCUUAUACAGCUUACUUGUGUAUAAUACCUUAAGACAAUUUCCUUUUCUUUUUUAUAAGCCAAACAGCAGUGAAAGAAAAGUGUAAAGAAAAUAAAGCAUUUUAACGGGUUUCCUGUAGAAAAUAACUCAUACUAACACAACUAAGCUUAUUUUACGCAUUUCCGUUUGGUUUUCUUACUAUCUCCGUGUUUUUUUUUUUCUCAUUUUCAAAGUGUUCGCGUGCAAAAAAAAACUAAAGUAAUCACAUAAUUCUGGCAAAUGUUUAGCAACAAAUACAUUAUGUUUUACAAUUUAUAAGAAGUUUUUUUUUUUCUUCACAAAAAAAGAUAUUUAUUUGUAUUGUGAGAUUAUGAUAAGGUUUGUUUUUUUUCAAAAUCACAUAAAAAUAUGUUAAAAAGACUUUAUAAAUUCAAAUUUUCAUUUAUUAAAAAAAAUAACUAUUUAGAAAAUGAAUGACAAAACGAAAAAUCACAGAUAUUAUUUUGAAUUCAAAGGAUUAUUGCAGCUGCAGACUACAACAACAAAAAUUGGCCGCCUAUAAUUUUUAUCAAUAAUUCAAACUUAAACCAAAAAAAUAAAUCCCAAAAACUAUAAAAACAACCACAAAAUCACCAAUAAAUACAAUCAACUUGCAUCAGAUCCAUACUCAGAUUUAAACAAUGAAUGCCAUGCACCACAUACUCGUAUUAUUGAUUACUCUUUUAACAAAUGAUAUACACCAGAAUCAUGCAUUGUACCUCACAAAUCUUUCCGUCCCGCGCAUAAUUGAUGCCUCACAAAAAGCAAAACUUUUUUGCAGUUAUGAAAUGGCCAACCAAACACUCAACUCGGUGAAAUGGUAUAAAGAUGGGCAAGAGUUUUUCAGAUAUUCACCGCUUACCCCACCGACUACAAAUUGGUUUCCUGUUCGAGGUGUUACCAUCGCCGAGGGCUCGUCACACUGCAAUCAAUUCAUCUGCAAUGUUGAAUUGAAAAACCUAAAUGUACAUUCAUCUGGUUCAUAUCGUUGUGAAGUUUCCGGUGAUGCACCUGAAUUCAAAUUAAUCGAUAAAACAGCAAAUAUGACAGUAGGCGUUUUACCAAAAUUUGAUCCAUUUAUCAGUGGUCUUCAGCAUACCUACAGAUACGGUGAUUCCAUUAUCUUAAAUUGUAGUUCAGAAUGGUCAAAUCCUCCGGCAACACUUACAUGGUAUAUUAACAAUAAAACGGCUUCCAUGACAACGGUGCAACCACAAAUCAAUGAAAUUUCACGCAGCUCAGAUGGUUUCCUUUUAUCGGCCAGCAAUUUGCAAUUACGCAUCUAUGUGGAUGAUCAGCGUUUCAUCGGUAAGAGUGAGGUUUUAGAAUUGAAAUGUGUUGCUGAUAUCAUGGGUAUUGCAAGUGUGCGUCGCGCGACGAAAGUACGUGCAACAAUCCUAUCACUGGCAGAUACAAGCAACAAACAACGACUACUGGGAGGAAGUAGCAGUGCAAACAGUAUUAACAUAUUUCAUCUACCACAAUUUGAUAUUAAAUCAGUUGUAAAAUCUGUGAGUUGUAGUGUGUGGCAUUUAAUUUAUGUUCUAAUGAUGAUGACUCUGGCGUAUUUGUGGCAUACAGGUUGCUGUUACUACGUGCAAAUGGAAAGCAGCACCAGGAGCAGCAUAUGGAGACGAAGUUAGCUACUUGUAUAGUUUUUCGAGUACAUUUUUAUAUUAAUUUUAGUUCAUUUAAGUUGAAUUUUGGGUUGGGUUUUGUCGAGUUGAGUUAUUAACGUUAGAAUACAUAUUUAAGUUAACACUUAAGGAGGGAUUAGCUGUGUAAGUAAAUAAGUAUGAUUUAUGUUUGUUAUGUACAUGCAAAUACAUGUAAAAGAACACACGCACACAUAUACACACAUUAAUUUACUUUCGUGUGUAGGUGGUCUGAUAGCAUGUAUUUGUAUGUUGUUUGUACUGAUGAUUAUAAAAAUUGUAUUGAUAUUGAUACAGAUACAGAUGAUAAAAUAUACAUACACAUAUAUUUUAGUUAAGUGGAAUUAGUUAAUGAAAAUCAACAUUAUUAAAACAAAAUAAAUAAAAAUAAACAAUGAGAGAUAA